AGAAAAAAACAAAAAUCAUAUUGAAGAAGUGUGCACACAGAUUUCAAUCGUCUCUCUCCCACUCUCUCUUCUCGGUGAAAGCUUCCUGAUUAAGCUUUCCUAGUCUCCUCCAUUGCAAUUUCAAGCUCGAUCUGUGAAGGUUUUUCUCUGAGUUCUUCCACAAAUCUCUCUUCUAAAGCAAGACUUCAUUUGGAUUUGGCUCAAUUUUAGCAACUUCCUUCCCAACUAAAUAGCACUUGUGCUUCGAUUUCAACUUCACAUUUCGCGAUGAUCCCCGACGGACAAUUGAGAUUACCUGCUCCCAAGGUUCGUGACGGCCGCGUAUCUCCUUCAGCUCCUGUUCCGGUCACCAAAACCCUAGCGGUGGCCGAUACUGACGUCACUUCCGAAGACGGUAUGAGUACUAAUUCCGAGGACGCGUCUCUCGACUCGUCUCCCGAGGACAGUAGAGUCUCCAGCGCCGUUGGUCGCAGCUACGGUAGAAACUCGUCUUAUUAUACUUACUCCGAGGUGAGCUCAUCAAGAGAGACUUUGGUCGGUGCUUGCGAACUAACGGGACCCAGAUUUGAUGGUGAUACUGACGAGGAGGAUGAAUCCACGGAUUCUGCUACUAGCUCGCAAUUUUCUCCUCCACCGCCGACAGCUGGGAGGAUUGGUGGCGGCGUAUCUCAGGUGGAACGAACUCACUUCCCUAAGACGAACGGGAGAGCAACCGUCGAGAAGGAGCCUGAUGAGACGUUUUCUUCUGAAGAAGUGAGCGAUAUACCCAGUGCCCCUCCAUUUUCCGGGGCAGCAGAGGAAUCUGAAGAAAUUAAACCAGAAACUUCAAGCGUUCAGGUUUCAGAAGUCAAAACAGGAGAUUGUGUAGAAAGUAGAAAGACUGGCCACUUUAAUAGACGUAGUGCUGCUUCUGAGUCAUCUGGGCCACCUGAUCAACAUCCAGCUCGGUUACCAACUUUUCAUGCGAGGUAG